AUGGGUCCAUUGGUCCCAUCAAUUGAAGAAAUUCUCCAUGGACUCGAUGGUAUGUAUCGGAGGGAAAAUAUGGGUCCCGGACUAUGGAUGAGCCAGCAUCAAUUAAUCUACAACUACUGCAAUUCGACAUCAAUGACCACUCCAUUGGCUCCGCCCACAAUGAUCCAAGCCGCGCCUCUCGAAAGUCCCCACAAGACAUACAUAGAAACUCCUUGUCAUCGAAUCUACUCAAAAUUUGAGGAUUAUAUAACAAAUUAUUGUGAAGAAGUCACCGAAAAACUAUUGGAAUUUAAAGCUGAGCAAUUGCUCAGCGCCUACUGUAGGGAAUGGUCCGAUUAUCGAUUUUCCUCAAGUGUCAUGCAUUCCACAGCUGAUUAUUUGAACCGGCACUAUCUUCAAGGAUCCAAAGAAGUCAAAUCGAUGUUCCAUAUGACACUGGUGAUCUGGCGAAAAUCGAUAAUCGAUUUUUUCCAAGAUCGAUUGGUUUCGGCGGUGUUGGAGGCGAUUCAAGCGGAAAGAAAGGGUCAAAAAUCAAUAACCGAUAAUCGAUUUAUCGCUGAAUUUUUGAGAAGUCUAGUGGAGAUGGAAAUUUAUGAAGAACUGUUUGAAAUCGAUUUUUUGAAAGCUACCGAGGAAUUUUAUACCCGGGAAAUUCAAAAUUUGCUAAGUUCCAAUGUCUCCGGCAAGGAAUACCUUCAAAAAAUCAAUCGGAGAAUUCAAGAAGAGCAAAUUAGGGUCCAGCUAUGUCUUCAUGGAUCCACAUGGACCCCGCUGAGCAAUCUACUGCUCCAAACCAUGGUCUGGGACCAGCUGAACUUCAUUCAUUCGAAUUUUGAUGUCCUACUAGAUGCUCAAGCAGAUUUGGAGCUCAAAAUUAUGUAUGACUUGUGCUCAAAGGUCCCUGGCAGCCUUAAGGGUCUCUAUGGGGCCCUGGAGACCUAUAUAAACAAAUACGCUGAAGACUCUUUGACCCCCCUGGACCCCCGGGACCAUCAGACCUAUGUCAGGACCCUCCUCAACAUUAUUGAUCGAUUUCAGUCGAUUAUCGAUCGAUCAUUCUCCAUGGACCCUCAUUUUUUGAAGUCUCUAGACACCGCGGCCAUGAAAUUUGUCAAUGAGAAUCCAGUGAUUUCAAAAUUCCCGAAAAAACAGAGGUCCAUGAAAUCGGCGGAUUUGGUGGCGAAGUUUUGUGAUGGGAUGAUGAGAAAAGGGACCAGAAUUGAUGGGGAUUUGGAGAUGGAGGAGACGCAGAGAAAAACAGCGAGUUUUGAAGCUUUUUUAAUCAAACUACUGGCUUAUCUAAACGACAAGGACAUAUUUAUCAAGAUCUUCACAAAAUAUUUUGCCCGACGGCUCAUCAAUGGACAAUCGGCGUCCGAGGAAGCCGAGACGAACUUUAUAGCCAAGCUCACAGAGGCUUUUGGAUGUGAAUACACUUUUCGACUCACUAAAAUGGUCCAGGACACACAAGUCUCAAAGGAUCUGUCCUCCGAAUUCAAGGAUCAACGAUCGAAAGCUUCCAGAGCCACCAAAAUUGAAUUCGGGAUCCAAGUGUUGAGCACUGGCACCUGGCCCAGUUUCCAGCUCAUCAAUCUCAACUUGCCAAGGGAUUUGACGACUACUGCAGAAAGGUUUUCUGAAUUCUACAUUAGAAAAUUCUCGGGAAGGAAGCUCUCAUGGGUCCACACUCAAAGCCGUGGGGAGAUCACAUCGACGGCGUUCAAAAAGAAGAAAUAUGUAUUUGGGGUAACCACACCUCAAAUGGUCAUAAUGCUGCUCUUCAAUGAGCAACUACAGUAUUCCCUCGAUACAAUCCGAGAAGCUUCUGGAAUGGACCAAAAGAGCACCCAACUGGUGCUGGGAUCACUUGCCAAUAGUGGAAUUCUGAAAAUUGGGGAUUCUGAAGGAGAAGUGCAUCUGAAUUUGGAUUAUUCUAAUAAAAAAAAUCGAACGUUCAUUAUCUCGGCUGCCAUCGUGCGAAUCAUGAAAAUGCGGAAACAAUCGACACAUCAAAACUUAAUGACCGAGUUAAUUGACCAAUUAAAGACGAGGUUCAAGCCAAAAGUGGAACUGAUCAAAAAGUGUAUUGGAAUGAUGAUUGAGAAGGAAUAUAUCAGAAGGAAUAAGGAUGAUAGGGAUAUUUAUGAGUAUAUGGCUUGA